UAUGGCAAGCGUUUGUAUUGUUUUCUAAAAAAAAAAGUUGAAAUUCUCUAAUUGCAAACGUCGUUGGGGACAUGGUUGAGUGAAUGGAGCAGUUCCUCUUCCAUCCCACUUGGAUUGCUCCUUCCUUCCUUCCGAUCCAUUCCAAUGGCAACUACCACACCCUCUUCUUCUGCUUCCGUCCCGCAACACUACCACCACGACGACGAUGACGAAUUCGAAGACGAACACGAUGACGACGACGACGACGACUUCGAUGACGACCAAGAAACCUCCCCGUCCCCGUCCGACGGCGCCGACGAGGCUCGCCUCCAGUCUGUCCUGCGGCGCCUCACAGCGGAUGAGGUCCGGAUCCGGGUGCACGAUGUGGAGAUCCGGGGUUGCAGCCGCACGCGCCGCGCCGCAGUGGAGGCGGCGGUGGGCUCCGACCUGGCGCGUGCCGCCACCGUCAGAGACCUCGUGCGCGCUGCAGCCGCGGCCGGCGAUCGGAUCCGUCGCCUCGGCGCCUUCGACACUGUAUCCAUCAUCCUCGACGCAGCUCCGCCGGGGCUCCCGGGUGGCGCAGCCGUUGUCGUCCUUGUUGACGUCGCCGAGGCCCGGGGCCGCGCUGCCGGCGAACUCGGCAUCUUCGCCAACAGCGGGGCUAGAUCAUGCUCAGUUCAAGGUUCAGUGAAGUUGAAGAACCUAUUUGGAUAUUGUGAGACGUGGGAUGCAUCAGGUGAUCUUGGCUUAGAUCAGACACUGGACCUAAGUACUGGAGUGGCAAUACCAAGAAUCGGAGCAAUACCUACUCCACUGGUAGCUCGAAUGUCACUUCUCUCUGAGGACUGGUUGAAGUCAUCACUCAAAGAACACAUGAUGGGUGUUUCUGUUGGUUUGCUCUCCACCAUGAACCAUAACCUCUCUUACAAUCUGUCAUGGCGUACUAUUACUGGCCGGGCACUGAUGUCAUCCAAUUCCAUAAGUAGGCAGUUAGGGCAUAGCCUUCUAUCCUCUAUUAAGUACACAUACAAGUCUGACCAGAGAGAUUCAAGCAUACGACCGACACGUGGAUAUGCUUUUUUGUUUUCUUCUCAAGUUGGAGGCCUUGCACCAGAUAGCAAAAAUGUGCGUUACAUUAGACAGGAACUUGAUCUUCGAGUGGCUUUACCAUUGGGUGUGUUGAAUGGCGCCCUUAAUGCUGGAGUGGCUGCAGGGGUGAUCCACCCAUUGGAAAGGGGAUCGAUGGGCUCUAUAUCCCCACUUCCAGAGCAGUUCUACUUGGGUGGCACUAGGUCUCUUAUGUGCCGCUUGGGUGGACCAUCAUCACUAUUAGGCUUCAAGAAAAGAGGGCUGGGGACUGACUUGCGAACCAGUGAUCCCAAGAAUUCUGAAAAUCUUCCUUCCAUUUCUCCUGAGCUAGGUACACUUGGGGGUGACAUAGCGGUCACAGCCUUUGCUGAUCUGUCAUUUGAUAUACCUCUGAAGCCGCUCAGGGAGCUGGGAAUCCAUGGCCAUGCAUUUGUCUCAGCUGGAAAUCUUGCCAGACUAGCUGAGCCUGAUCUCAGGAAAUUUCCUCUUGCUAAUUUCCUUCAAACAUUCAGGAGUUCUGCAGGAUUUGGUGUAGUUAUGCCAACCAGAUUAUUUCGCGUAGAGGUGAAUUACUGCCACAUCCUAAAACAGUUUGAUCAUGACAUGGGGAAGGCGGGGAUACAGUUUAACUUUUCUUCACCCUAAUUUCAAUCUGCCACAAGAUGUGAUGUUUAACUUUUCCCUCUUGCUCAGCUGUAUUUACACUCCCGUUAUGAUCCUUAGUUCUGUUUUUUUUCUUCCUCCACAAUUAUCUCUCUCCAGAAAAAGAGGCUCCCAUAAACCGUGGGUGAUGAAUUGGACUAUGACGUGAUGUUGACACCUGUAAAGUCUCAAAUCAAAUUGGAAAUGGAAGUCAUGAGGAGCAUUAGUUUGCAAUGCUUUAAGUGACAUUCACAUGAUAGUUCUGUUCAAGUAUGGUCAAUAUAAAAGACUGCUCAAGAGACCAUAUGGUGUUCUGCAUUGUUGGAAUUCUGUUAAAUAAAGUAAAAGUAACAACUGGUCUAAUGUGAGUCCGAACAAUGCAAGAUUUUACACUGCAAUUUCCUCGAAGAUACAUCAUACAGUGCACCCUGCGAAUAUAUAACAGGAACUUGUUGAUCAUUUUCAUCUAUUCUGGAACAAUUCUAUGCCCUCAGCGUGGCAACAAAAUUGCUUAUCUCAGACACAAGAAUAUAUGUGCAGGCAUAAAAAGUAUCAUAGGCUAUACUGAAUUUGAUUCAGUAAAUAAUGUCGUGACCUCGUCGAUCAGGCAGUUGGGGAGCUUCAAUUGGAGACAUUCUGAAUUCUAGGAGGAUGGUGACAUGUCUAAUCCUAGUCAGGUGCUGAAGGGUGAGGAGCAGCAGCGUUUUUCUGCAGGUGCAGAUUUCUCCUGUGCAUGCAGCAUUGGAACAACUGAACAGAGUUUAUUUCCUCACCCCCUUCCUGCUUGUAAUCGCUCUAAAUCUUGAGCUGACGAUCGAUUGCGGCACUCAGCAAAAUCAGCUAGGUGGAAAUUAGUUGGUGCAGUCAUAGUACAAAUUCAGAAAUUAGUUGGCGCAGUCACUGUAUAUAAGCUCAUGCUAGUACUGUUUCUGUUAGUCAACAAGGCCUAGCUACUUCGUAGUACGACUCCAGCUGCUGAUUUCUUAUUGCUGUAUCAUACAGUGAAAUGCUAUUUAUUAUGGCAAUUAUACUUUACAGUUUUCCUA